UUUCUUUUUCAAAAUCGAUUACUUCACAUUGAAGCAUGAAAUCUACCACCGUACGUCAACAACAUGACAAGAGAAGCAUAUUUCCCAUUUCGAAAUGAGCCACGGAGAUACGAAACAGGAAGAAUUAAACACUGAUGGCGAAGUAAUACGAACCGUGAGAAUUGCCAGGACAUUACCAAAAAUAACUUCUGUAAACGAUGAAGACAAAAUGGUAAUAGGAGUUGAUAAAACAUUUUAAAAUAUAUUCCCAUUAAUUAUUUUAUUGAUAAUUUGGCCGGUAACUUUGCUCAAAAAAAAAAAAGACUGGUAAGAAGCACGUGAAAUUAUUAUCACAUCGCAUAAAGCCGAAGAUUAGUAGUUGGUAUCUUGGUAUUUGUUUGUUAUGCAUUUUUUAGCAUUAAAAAGGAAAGCCCCCCAAACCCUAGAAGGAGUGUAGCUGCUUAAAGAUGGGAGUUAUCAAGUCAGCCAUGGCGGAUGCCCUUUUGACAUCCAUGUGGGUUUUCAGCAUGCCCUUUCUUAGGAUUCUCACUCCCGAAAUUGUAGCUUUCCUCGGCCUUCGACCCUUCCCUUUGGCUGCUUUCUUCAUCACCACCCUCUUGAUCAGCCUUAUGAUGUUUAUCUUCACCAUCAUCGGCAACGCUCUCGGCGGCGCCACCUUCAAUCCCACGGCCUCCAUCGCUUUCUACGCCGCUGGCCUUAAGAAAGACUGGUCUGCCCUUUCCAUGGCAGUGCGUUUUCCCUUCCAGGCCGUCGGUGGAGUGGUGGGUGUGAAGAUAGUUUUGGGGGUUCUUCCAAGGGAAUAUAAAGAAACCAUCAAAGGACCUUCUUUGAAAGUAGAUAUGCAGACAGGGUUUUUAGCUGAAGGGUUGUUGACAUUUGGGCUAUGUCUAGCUCUGUUGGUGAUUUUGGUAAGGGGUCCUAACAACCCUUUGCUUAAGCUGUUGUUGAUGGCGAUAUCAACAGUGGGAUUUGUUGGGAGAGGGGCUAAUUACACAGGACCCUCCAUGAAUCCGGCAAAUGCUUUUGGAUGGGCAUAUGUUAAUAGUUGGCAUAACUCUUGGGAGCAUUAUUAUGUUUAUUGGAUAGGUCCUUUGAUUGGGGCAACUUUGGCUGCUUGGGUUUUUAGAUUCUUGCUUUCUCCUUCAUCAUCAACUAAGGAGAAAAAAGCUUGAUUUUUAUGUAUAAUUUUCUUCUCCAUUUCUAAUAAAAACAUUUCCAUUUUACCUGCUUUUACCUUA